GAACCGCCACUAACAAGUUGAAAUCAGAAAGUAAUAUACAGUGGUUGUGAAACAGUCGAGAUGCAAGGAAUGUCAAAAUGAUCUGACGACAUUAUAACUUGGUGGCAAUUUAAAAUACUGCCUGUAAUAUUUUGGAAACUACAUUUAUAAUAAGUUUUGUAUAUCGUAGCAGAAUUAUGUUUCGAUUUAUUCCAAUUUUGGGUGGCUGUAACCGACAAGUGGAACGUAUUGAUAAAAUACAUUGUAAUUUAGUGAGUAUACCUGACGAUGUAUUGCGUUAUGCACGUACCUUAGAAGAGCUUUGUCUGGAUGGCAAUCGUUUAAGAGUUUUGCCAAGGGGACUUUUUCGAUUAGUCCGGUUAAGAAAACUGUCUUUAAGUGACAACGAAAUUUGUCGUUUACCUCCAGAUAUUGCUAAUUUGGAAAGUUUAGUAGAAUUUGAUGUGAGUAAGAAUGACCUUGAUCACCUUCCUGACAACAUUAAAUAUCUCAAGUGUUUGGAAGUUGCAGAUUUCAGUAUCAACCAUCUUACGAAACUUCCACCAGCUUUUUGCCAGUUGAAAAACUUGACAUUUCUGGGUCUUAACGAUGUUUACAUUGCACAGCUACCCAGUGACAUUGGAAACCUGGUCAACCUACAAUCAUUAGAAAUGCGGGAGAACUGCUUACAAAACUUACCACCGUCGUUUGCUUUGUUAACCAAACUGGAAUGCCUUGAUAUUGGUAACAAUGAAUUUGAAGAACUUCCUGGUCUCGUUGGUCAGUUAAAGAGUCUUCGAGAGCUUUGGUUGGAUGGUAACCAGCUUUCUACUCUACCAAAGGCCAAUCAGAACAAAAUUAGUGCUUUACCUCCAGGCAUAGGCAAGUGUGUUAGUUUGCAAGAAUUAAUACUAACAGAGAACCUGCUGACAGAAAUUCCACCCUCAAUAGGCAACCUUGUCAAGCUAAGCACUCUGAAUUUAGACAAAAACAGAAUUUCAAAGCUUCCUUCACAGAUAGGUAACUUAACUAGUUUGGGAGUUUUAUCACUUCGAAGUAACCUUCUGAAUUCCAUUCCGAUUGAGAUGGGAAGGCUGAAACAACUGAGAGUUUUGGAUGUUUGUGGAAACAGGCUCCAGUUUCUUCCCAUUACUGUUACUGGACUGAACCUUAAGGCUUUAUGGCUUUCUGAAAACCAGUCCAAACCACUGCUGAAGUUCCAAACUGACGACCAGGAUGGGAUGAAAGUUUUGACGUGUUUUCUAUUACCGCAACAGGAAUAUUAUAAUCAAAUUCAGGAGGACAUGCAGCCCGGAAAACUGCUGAUAAAAUCUACUUCUGAAACCCAACUUCAAAACAUUGAAGGACAAGAAGAAAUGAAUCACAAAGAUGAGGAAAGAGUUUCUGCUGUCAGAUUUUGUGAGGAAAAUGAGGAAGAGAAAGAAGAAAAAGAAACUCAGUUUAUCAGGCAUGACACUCCUUUUCCCAAAGAUAUGAAGGUUAGACAUCACAAACUUUUGGUUUCCAAAGCAAAGAACAUUGAUGAGAGUGAGAAAACCACAGAAGAAAAUGUCCAAAUCCAGCAAGCCUCUUCAGAAGUAGACAUGGUGGAUUCAACUGACCGUUCAGUUAACCAUAGUUCAACAGAUGGAAAAGAAAUGCCCACAACAGUAAAAAGUGUUUCAAGACAUAAGGAAGAGAAAGAACUGACAGAGCCCAUUGAAGAACUUGAAAAAUUAGAGUCACCCAGUCCUCAGCCCAAGCUUUUAAAACACUCAAAUGAAGAAAUUUUACAAAAGGAGGAAAGUGCUAAUGCUAUCAACCAUAACCCACCAAGAGCAAUUCAACCUGCUACAGCAACAGCUUCUCCAUGCUGUGAAAGAUCAGCUGAUAAACCCACUGUUAGUACUGUCAACCAUUCUAACUCUGAUACAAAGACAUCAAACGUUGUUGAAUUCCAAAACGAAGAAGUUGGAGUGAAUUAUUCCUCGAAAGGGUCUGAUACCAACCAUAUAAGUAGGGAUGAAGAUUGUAAUGUAUCAUUUACCUCUGAAACUGAAAACCAGUCAGAACACCAUCCGAAACUCCAUCACAGAGGUUCUCCACAUAAAGUAAAAAUUAAACGUGUCAAACCUUCAAUUUUAAAGGAAGACGAAGAAAAGCUGAUGAGAAAAGAAAAAAUGAACAAAGUGGAGGAGCCACUCCCAACACCACCUCCUUCCCCUCCUCAACUACAACCUUUUAGCAGACAGACAGAAAGUGUUGGAGCAGCAAGUUCUAGAAGUUUUUCACAACCUUCUACAUCGAGCCCACUUCCUUUCGAGACAAUGGAAGAAGCACAUUGCGUAGUUCUCCAGAGAGGUUCAGGUGGUUUAGGGCUUAGUAUUGCUGGAGGAAAAGGCUCCACACCAUAUAGAGGAGAAGAUGAGGGUAUUUUUGUCUCCCGUAUCACUGACGGAGGUCCAGCUCAUCAGUCGGGAAUACAAAUUGGGGACAAAAUACUCACGGUAAAUGGAGUGCCUGUAAUGGAUGUGGAUCAUUAUGAAGCUGUAAGUAUACUAAAACAAGCAGGAAAUGAAAUUAAGUUGGUGACUGUACGUGAAAUUCCCAGAUUCAUUAGCCAAAGUGAAAAUCCAUCUCCUGUAUCUUCAGUAAGAAAAGUCCAAGAGCCAGUUGAACAUUUAAAUAUGCUUGUUGAGCAUAAGAGAGUAGAAACACCCUCUUAUCAACAGAGAAUACAUACACCUCCUCAGCAACGGGAAGUAGAAACACCCACUCAGCAUGAGAGAAUACAUACACCUCCUCAGCAACGGGAAGUAGAAACACCCACUCAGCAUGAGAGAAUACAUACACCUCCUCAGCAACGGGAAGUAGAAACACCCACUCAGCAUGAGAGAAUACAUACACCUCCUCAGCAAUGGGAAGUAGAAACACCCACUCAGCAUGAGAGAGUAGAAACACCUUAUUAUCAACAGAGAGUGGAUACACCUACUCAGCAACAGAGAGUGGAUACACCUACUCAGCAACAGAGAGUGGAUACACCUACUCAGCAACAGAGAGUGGAUACACCUACUCAGCAACAGAGAGUGGAUACACCUACUCAGCAACAGAGAGUAGACACACCUACUCAGCAACAGAGAGUAGACACACCUACUCAGCAACAGAGAGUAGACACGCCCACCCCACAACAGAGAGUAGACACGCCCACCCCACAACAGAGAGUGAAUACGCCCACCCCACAACAGAGAGUGAAUACGCCCACCCCACAACAGAGAGUGAAUACGCCCACCCCACAACAGAGAGUUGAUACACCUACUCCACAACAGAGAGUUGAUACCUCGGUUCAGCAGUGUCAGGGAAGUAUGACCACUGAGCAGCAAAGUUCAGACAUGCUUGCACAACAACAUAAAGUAGAUGAAGACACUCAGAAACAGAAGUUGAUAGAUGCUACAUUGUUAUCUUUUGAUGAGCAGUGCUUUACUAAAAAUGUGUCAAUAUCAACAGUUGAUACUUUUCCUGCCAAAACUACUGGUCCAUUCAGUCAUGAGAUUAAACAAGUGGAGGUAGUAAACACUCCUAAGACCACAAAACAAAAUAUUUUACCUCCAAGUGUACCAAUGACAGAAACUCUGACUGAUACUGUGGAAUAUGAGGUGAAACACGAGAUUAUCCACACUAUACUAUCGAGAAAUCAUAAUGGACUGGGGUUCAGUAUAUCUGGAGGUAUUGACUCAAUUCCUUACAAGGAGGACUGUGUGGGUAUAUACAUCUCUUGUAUCACUGAAAAUGGAGCAGCUGCUAAGGAUGGAAAGUUGAAAGUUGGGGACAAAAUCUUGUCCAUUAAUGGAGUGGAUGUAGAGGACGCUCGUCAUGAUCAAGUAGUCAGCAUGCUUGUGGGACUAGAGAGAUAUGUCCGCCUGGUAGUCCAGCGUGAUCGUUUGGUGCCUAAGGAUCCAAAAGUACCCAUUAGUUUUGUUUCUACACCUGCUCAUAAGUCAACUAAGGUGUUCGGUGUACCAAAGCCCUAUACCUGUCUCUAUUCUGCAGACUCUUACAUGGCCAAUAGACCAUCUUUUUUAGGCACCUACAAAACAGAUGGACACUCUACACAUUCCAUUUAUACUAAACUACCCGUCCACAGGAAUGAAACUGUGGGAAUGUCAUCUUUUUCAACCACCACUACUCAAUCAACCAGUACAAUCACUGCCACUAGCCCAACAACCUCCCCAUUUUGUCAUUCUUCUACAUUACAAUCAUCCCCUAAUAUUCUCACUACUACAUCUCAGUUUGUAAGGCCUAGCAGCUACUCUGGUUUCUCGGUUUGUGAACCACAUUCACUGCCUCUCCAGGCUACCCACACCAGCAGUCCAAUACAAACACCUGAUUAUGCAGAAGAACAUCUGCCUUUUUCCAACCUUCCAGAGAACUACUCCAGUUCUCAGCCUCGUGUGGUUUCAAAGCAAUUGGGAACAUUUGAUACAAUGAUUCCAGAGUAUUCAAACUCUCAUAUCUCUACUGCUCGGUCACAGUCAACCAAGACAAUAGUCCCUUUUACUUCAGGAUAUUUCAACCCACAGUCCCAGGUCUAUUCAUCAUGUUCUCAAAAACCACAAGUGUAUGGGGAGAUCUCCCAGAAUGGUCCCUCUCCUGCACAAGUAACAGAAUUUUCACACUUGGCUAAAAAUAACCAAGCAACUUCUCGACUAAGUGGCCCUCUAGUGACAGUAACCAUUCAGCAGCCAGAAUCACCUGUACCAAUUGGGCCAGAAUUUCCCCCUCCACCCAAAGCUCUUGGAACUUUCACAGAAACCAUCACUCGAUCAACGUACACUGAAACCAUCAGUACUCGACUUACCAACAAUACUUUAGCUCUUACUGCCCCACUUGUAGAGGAUGUGAAGCUGAUAAAAGCUGGCCAUCCCUUAGGCCUUAGUAUCAUAGGUGGAGUCGACCAUCCUUGUUAUCCAUUUGGUCAAAAUGAACCUGGAAUAUUUAUAUCUAAGAUUAAUCCAAACAGCACUGCAGAAAAGUCAGAAAAACUUUUUGUAGGAGAUCGCUUAAUAAAGGUGAAUGGUGUUGAUAUUCAAAAAGCCACCCACCAAGAGGCUGUACUAACACUACUUGCACCAACACAUGAAGUGGUCCUUACAGUUCAACAUGAUCCACUUCCCAAGGGGUGGCAGCAAACACUAAAGCUUGAACCUGUGGCAGUAACUGAAAUGAUAAUUUCAAGAGAGCCUCAUGAAAAGCUUGGUAUUUGUAUUAAAGGAGGAACACAUAGUGAGCCUGGAAAUCCGUUUGAUACUACUGAUGAAGGAAUUUUUGUUUCUUGGAUCCAUCCUGAUGGAGCAUCGAAAAGAGAUGGACGUUUAAAACCGGGCAUGAGAGUUAUUGAGAUUAAUGGUGUAUCAUUGAUUGGGGCUUCAUACGAAGAAGCGGUACAUACCCUAAACAAUACUGGAGAAACAGUGCAGAUGAUAGUUUGUGAUUGCUACAAUACAGCAAGCAGUGAGAGCUCGCUGAGUGAUACAAAAUCUGCUCAGCCCAUGCUAUCCAUGGGCCGAGAAGAUGAGAACACUUCAGUUUCCCAACAGGAUCAGUUAAAGAAAGAUCAAGAUACAGAUUCUCACAGUCUCUCAUCUACAUCUUCAACUCACACGGACAGGGCUGUGGCCAACUUGCCGAAGUCACAAGCAGUUGUUCCUCAUGUUGCAAAGACAGUUGAUCAAAAAGUGUUAGAAGUUGUGCGAGCAGCAGAACAGCUGGUGCAACCUUUCACGCUAGACACAUCAAACGGUACUAAUGGUGAGAACAUCUCUAGUGGCAAGGAGACAAAAACAACCACCAUUGUAAUGAGGAAGUCUGUAGUCAACCAACCGCAACAACCUAAUUCACCUGCUGGCCCAAGGUUUAAUCCUUCCCCAUUACCCUCUUUGGAUUAUACUUCCUCUCCCUCUCCUUCUUUCAACUACGUUUCCUCCCCAGUUCUGGGAAAUUUGCAGCUGGAUAACAGCAGGGACUUGCUACUUGACCCCAUGGGAAGCCAAGAAACUAAUUCUGAGAGGUGCAAGACAGCCAAGGAUGACCAAAGUUCUCCCAGCAGUGCUGAACUUGACCCUGCAGGCCUUUCUUUUGUUGAGAAGAGAAAGAAGUUUGAACAAGCAGCUUCUGCAUUCCCAUGGCCACCACCACACAACAAAAAUAUUUCUAGGAACGUUUUUCAUGGUGGAAUGCAGCAGUCUUAUGAUUCAGAUAUAGAACAUGCACCAUCAAGAGAAAAAGUACACAUUCCUCAGACUGUUGUGGAAAAUUAUUCUGAAUCAACACCUCUCUCCGACAGUUGCAGAGAAGGACUUUUUGGUCACAAUAUAGAUUCAGACAGAAUUGAACUUGAUGAAAACAGUUUAAAUACUACAGGACUUACUACCAGAGAGAACUUGGCUGAUAACAUAUCAGGUACACUAACAACCAUUCAGUCAGCAAAAGCUGAGAGAACAGAGGCUAAUUUAAAACAGAAGGGUCUAGAAAUUACAGAUGAAAAGUUUUCUGAACUUAGCCCAGACCAACAGAGAGCAAUACAAGCAGAGAAGCGUGCAGCAUGGAGGCAAGCAAGAUUGAAGUCGCUAGAAGAAGAUGCAUUCCGAGCUCAAGGGGUAAAUAUAAGAGCUAAGAAGAUGAAUGAAACAUUAAUGGAAGCAAGACCUGUAUCACCUGUCUUAACGGUUGUAGAGAUUGAUCUUGAUAAUCAGAGUAACAAAGACUGUGUUUUAAGACCCGACCACGUCACCAGUGAAAAUUGUAGAGUGUUACCAUACACUAAUGGAGGUAUAGAGAUAGAGAACAUGGGCAAGAACAUUAGAUCUUUAGAACUAAAUGCUGAUGUGAAUGGCCAUGCUGAAAAUGAUAUAUCUUACAAAGAAAAAGAAAUGGUUAUUUCAGAAAAUAGUUCAACAUCUUUAGUGGAAAUCGAGGAGUACCCGGUAGGUGAAUCUUCUCCUGCCGUGGUGUCAGUACCAGGUAAAAAGAAAAAGAAAAGACGAUCAAAAAAAAGAUAAAAUUUAGACGUUUGUCAGAAAGACUUGUACAUAGUUUUGAGAAGUCUUUGUUUAUAUCGGUGUUUUUCACAAUUUUGAAAGAUCAGCAUUGUAUAUACACUACUGCUUACUCAAGAUAGUAUUUAGUUAAUACUUGGCCUGUCAUUGCAGUUUGACAACAUUUGCAAAAUUAUGUUGUUGUUUUUUUUAAGACUUGAGUGUAACCAUGUGAACAUUUUUAAGCUUUUUAUUCACGAGUGUUUUGAGGUCAUUAUAUAUUAGUGUGAUUGUGCCGUUGGUAGGAAGCUUUGUAAUUUUUGUACACUGAGAAUAUUAUUUUGCAUGUUAAUUUCUUUUUAAUGUUAAGCCUAGAGAAACUUGGAAAAUUUAUUGUGUUUGUGUCAAUAACAAACUGGCUUCUUGUUGAUUUUGUGCAUAAUUAUUGUGUGACUAAAUGAAGGAAAAGUUGUGUAGCAAUGUACUGUAAAAGACUAUACUUAAUAUGUAUAUUAACGAUACUGAAUCGUCCAGAAGUUAGUUUACUCACCACAUUUGUAUCUUCCUAAAGAUGAAUUAAUUUGUUGAUGUGCGGUAGUCAUGUGUUAAUUUCCAAAAAGUAAUUUACUGACCAUAGUUGUAUCUUCCUAAAGAUGAAUUAAUUUGUUGACCAUGUUGAUGUGCGGUAGUCAUGUGUUAAUUUCCAAAAAGUAAUUUACUGACCAUAGUUGUAUCUUCCUAAAGAUGAAUUAAUUUGUUAACCAUGUUGCGAAUGUUGAUGUAUGUUAGUCAUAUGAUAACCGAUACCAAGUAUCUUUGUAGCUUAAGGUUGGUGUUUUUUUAUAUCAUUUAGUACUUGGUAAUAAUCCUGGUGAGAUGUAUUUAAUAUUACGCAUAUUAAUUUGUGUACAUUUAGAACAUUGUGGUGCAUUAAUUAAUUGUUAAAGUUUAAAAGAAGAGAAUCAUUUGUUUUGUGCAUCUAUAUUUUUCCUUAAAAUGUUAUCUAUCAUCAAAAUUACUUGUAUAUGAUCAUGAUCUAUAUUUUGCAGCACCAAGGCAAAACAAAUUUUUUAAUUUAUUUCUUUAUAAGUGUGGCCAUUCUAAAAAAUAUUUUGUAGUACAACAUUUGUAAUGAUUUAUAUUCUAUUACCUUAUGAAAAAAAAAUAGUGAUUAAACUAUUUUAAUUAGAUAAAUUUCAAGUAAAUUGCUUGUCUUUUGGGACAUGUGUUAUUUUUAUAAAUAUAUACCUUCACACAGAAAUAUAUAGUCUUCUAAACUAGAUGUAAUUGUUAUCAUUUAAUUAGUAAUUUACUUUUUAUAUAGAAGAAUAAUUAAAAACUUUUUAGCAUAGUGAUUUUUUAACUUUUUGUAAAUGUAAAUAAAACAAUCUGUAUUAUGAGGUUUUUACGCUUUCGUCUUUAAGCAAGUGAUUAUGCUAGACUGUUGUUUCAAUGAACUUAAAGAAUAGAAGUAUAGUGUUGCUGUUAUAAUAUUACCUUGUAGUCCCUUUAGUUUGUAUUCAAGGGUUCAAAACUCAAAAUGUGAUUAUGCUGUCCAUUUAGGUCUUACAGUCCGUGAAGAUUUCUAUAUUUUAUUACAUUGCACAGAUGAAAGAAAUAGUUACUCGUGCACUUUGUUAUAGAGUUCUUCCAAAUUUUUUAUUCAAGAUAGAAAGAUGCAAUGUUUAAGUGCUUGCGUAGCUGUAAAAAUAUGCCACUGAGAAUGAACAAAGUACUUUCAAUCUGAAAAUGUUUCUAAAAAAACAGUCACAAAUAUAUAGGUAACUAGGCUUAGUCUUUUUUCUGAAAGUAUCCUAAUUUUUUGUAAAAGUUAUAUUUGGAUUUCUGUUUUAAUCCUCUCGAUAAAGGUGAGUCAUAGAGCACAUAUUAAAUUCAAAAUUUAAUUAAACCCCUUUAUUAUCGACGCAUGUCAAUAAAAUUGUCAUCAAAAUGUAGUUCAUAAUCAAUAUUUCAAUAUUAUAUACAUGUUUUUAAUUUCUUAAUUCUAAAGGAAAUAUUAAAAAAAUUUUAAAUGUUCAUUCUUGUGUGUUACAAAAUAUAUCCGUGCUUUUACUUGUUCAGUUUAAAUUAUAAUACACCUAUGAAGCAAUGUCUGUAGUGUUUAAACAAUUAAAAACUCAAGCUUCAGAUAUUGACAAGAUAGAAUACAAAAUAAAAACUUCCCACCUUUUAUAUUUUCUGAGAUAUUGAUAUAUGUAUCACCUCUCAUAUCUUAAUUCUUCUGAAGCUACUUACUUUUAAAUAUAUGUUUAUAACCAAUAAAAAUAGCAAAUUCUCAACUAUGUAAAUCUGACAGCCGUCUGUAAAUUUAUUGACAGGGAAAUCUUUAUUUUUCUAGGAAAAGUUAAGUGUGUUGACUAAGCCAUUAGUCCAAACAAAAAUGAAUUUUUUUUUAACCCACAUAUAGCUUAGUUAGAAAGCCAGAUAAAUUACAGUACUUAUGUGAUGUACUAUUCUGGUAAGUGAUAAUUUUUUUUUAAAUGUAUAUUUGGAUGUUGUUAAUCAAAAGGGGGAACCAGUCAUUGUCUAAGUCAUUUUGAGAUAUAAAGUCUCGAAGUUAUUGUACAACUAAAAAGUCAGCAAUAAAACUUGAUGAGUUUAUGUAUACUGUUA